AUGGGUGUUCAUGGACUGUGGGAGCUGCUGGGAGUGACAGGAAGGAAGGUAGAAGUCCAGGCCCUCGGAAGCAGGAGAGUGGCGGUCGAUGCUUCGAUCUGGAUCAUCCAGUUCAUCAAGGCAAUGAGACAGAGUGAUGGCAGCAUGCAACAAAAUGCGCACUUGCUCGGCAUGUUCCGUCGAAUAUGCAAGCUACUCUUCAUGAAGGUGAAACCUGUCAUUGUCUUCGAUGGGGUGGCGCCAGCUAUCAAGAGGAAGACUCUGCAGGCAAGGAAGAGGGUGAGGCAAAGAGGAGAAAAUCAGCUGCGCAAGAUGGCAGAGAAGAUUCUGCUGAACCGACUGCGAUCGGAGGUUUGA